GGCGCCAUUUUGCGCUCAGCCCCCGGAGGAAGCGGCGGCGGCGGCGGCGGUGCCCGGAGCGCGCGAUUUUUUUGAGCCGGCGGCGACCGCCCCGCCCCUUUCCCCGCCCACCACCAUGGCCAGCAACGUGACCAACAAGACGGACCCGCGCUCGCUGAACUCGCGCGUCUUCAUCGGCAACCUGAACACGCUGGUGGUGAAGAAGAGCGACGUGGAGGCCAUCUUCUCCAAGUACGGCAAAAUCGUUUUCCUCCGUGCACCAAUCGCUUCGCCGCAGUACGUCAGCCGUGCACAACGGCCGCCGCGGGGCCGGGAGGACGGACGGAUGAUCGCCGGCCAGGUCCUAGACAUCAACCUGGCGGCCGAGCCGAAGGUGAACCGGGGCAAGGCGGGGGUGAAGCGCUCGGCGGCCGAGAUGUACGGGUCAGUAGCCGCCCCCCCGUCACCGUCCCCCCUCGUCAGGUGGGGACCCUGGGGGGCGAUUCCGGGGCCAAUCGCGGCCGUUUUGGGAAAGUCUGGGAGAAAUCUGCAAAUUUGGGGCUUUUGGGGGUUUUUGGUGCGUUUGGGGCAUUUCGGCGGUUUUGGGGAUUUUCAGGGCGGUUUUGCCCAUUUCGCGGAACACGCCGUCCGUUUGGCUCUGACGAGCCCCUGUCACCAGCUCGUUAGCUGGUCGCCCAGCGGGAUUACUAUGACCGGUACCAGUAUAAACCAGUGCAGGGAAUGGGGGCGGGGCAAGAGCUUCAACAGCAAAUCGGGACAGAGGGGAUCGUCAUCGAAAUCCGGGAAACUGAAAGGGGACGACCUGCAGUCCAUCAAGAAGGAGCUGGGGCAGAUCAAGGCCAAGGUGGACGCGCUGCUGGAGAGCCUGGAGCGGCUGGAGCGGGAGCAGAAGGCCAAGAGCGACAAGGCCGAGGAGGAGCAGGGCGGCUCCGGCUCCAAGAAGGACGAGGCCGGCGGCGCCAAGGCCGAGGGCGGCCACGAGGACUCGGCCGAGGAGGGCGACCUGCUGGACGACGACGAGGGCGAGGAGCGGGGGGAUGAGCAGCUGGAGUCGCUCAAGGGGGACGAGAAGGAGCCCGAGGAGGGCGAGGACGACCGGGACAGCGCCAACGGCGAGGACGAGCCCUGAGCCCCGCCCCCCGCCCGGCCCCGCCCCCUGCCCCGCCCCCGCCGUGCUCGUGCUGUUGUGGCCCCUCCCCCUUCCCCCCCCACACCGCCCUCCGUAGUUCUGGCCCCGCCCCCUUUUAUCCUGUGCCCCGCCCCCCUCCCGACCUCACACGGCCCCGCCCCCCCGAGCCCCGCCCCCCUCGGUUAAUUUUGAUACCUCGAGAUGACGAUUAAAGGACGGAUGUUUGUA